GUGAAACGAACACAGACACAGACCAGGAAAUAAUUUCAGUCACUACGUGGAAAGACACACGGACAAAGCGCAGUCUGUCUGUGGGAGAAACCCACCGAAGAACCUCUGUGACAUCUGGAGGCAGUGGACGCAGCGACACGCAGUGUGUGCAGACUGGAGGUUUCAAAUUUCCACAUCACAGUUGUGAAAGUUUCAUACUGAACCAUGGCUGGAUCCAAAAUGCUGUUUUAUGGUCAUAAAUCCUGCAGGUACCUUCAGGAAAAUCUCAUUCUGAAGAUGCUGAGCAGCUGAUAGUUUGUCAUCAGAGGAGACUUUGAGGCUGAUGUGUCAUUGGCGUUUGGUCUGUGUGCAGAACUCACAGGAGUCAGGAAACAUGGCUUGUACAUCAGAGUCCGCCUUAAAUUAUGUCAGUAGAGCCAGAAGGCACCUUGUCAGAGAACUACAGAAUCUCUCUGUGAUUCUGGAGAACUUGUAUCAGAAAGGAGUUCUCAGUGAUGAGGAGGUCAGCAAAAUACAGACAGAGCGUGAUGACUUCGAUAGAACCAGAAAAAUCCUGGACAAGGUCAUAAAAAAGGGGGAAGCAGCCUGCUAUGAGUUACUCAGAAUUAUUGACGUGACGAGGAAGAGGACUUUAGAAAGGCCGGCUCCUGUCCCUGAGAAAAACACUGGAGCUUCCACUGGAACCCAGAAGUUUGACCUGCACCACUGGAUCAGCUGCUUUUCUUUCAAGGAAGAAACACAAAUGGAUGUGGACUACCUGCAAGGCCCAAGACCGUGCCACAGAUAUCAGAAAAAGUUGAAGUUUAAAGCACAAAAUUAUCUGAAGAGUUUUGGAAUGCAAGUAAAAAACUGUUUGAAGACAAAAGGAGGCCUGAUCUGUCAUACACCUCACUUGUAUUGGAUACACAGAAAAGCCCAUCUCCAUCUAAAAUCAAGAAAUGGAAGAGAAGGAAAAGUAAGAUGAGUCGACCUAAGAAACUGAGGACAUACAUCCCUGAGGACAAACCAGAAAUUUCCCCCACUGACCUUCUGAAAACACAGGAAGACAUCCUCUUGGUCGGGAAGCCUGGAAUUGGAAAAACAGCAGUCGUUUGUGAAAUGUUGAGACUGUGGGCAGAAAAGGACAACAAGGAGUUAGAUUACAUGUUCUACUUUGACAUGAGGGAAAUGUCCCAAACCACACCAGCUAUGACCCUGGAGGAUCUUCUUUUUAAUAGGUUCAGUGAACCAGAUGUAGGCGUGGAUGAGGUUUUACAGGACAUAAAGAGUAACUCUGAUAAUGUUAUCAUCAUUUUUGAUGGCAUCACAGAUCUGUCUCUAUCAGUGGUGCAGAGGCUUGUAGAGAAAGACCUACUACCUGAUGCAAAGAUCAUCAUAACCUGCAGACCAGAUGAUGAGGAAGACUUCUUCUCUGAGGACUGUCUCAGAGUGGAGGUGAAAGGAUUUAGUGAGCAGACCAUAAAGUCCUACUUAUCUGCAACACUCUGCGAUGCACAGAAGGUUUUGAGCAGCUUGGAGUUGCUGACUCUUUGCCAUGUACCAAUGUAUGCUCUGAUGGUGGCUGCCUGCUCUUCAUCAGAACACUCUCCACAGCCAUGCACUGUAACAGAAAUCUACAUUGACAUUGCUCGUUACUGCCUUCAGAUAAACAGCAAGAAAACAAAGAACAAAGAGCUAAACACCUUCAUCAAAACCAAGAGAGAAGAAAUACUGUCUUUGGCUGGAAUAGCUUUUCAUGCAACUCAGGGGAAAACUGUGAGCCUGACUGAAGUGCCCUGUAAAGACAGCUGUGUCCUUUCCUUCCUGAAACCACUUUUUAUCAAAGUCAGCCGAACUGAAACAGAAACUAGACACGCAUUCCUCCAUUACACACUGCAGGAGUUCUUUGCAGCCGUGUGGUUCUUAAAGAGUCCUGAUAAAAUCAGGAAUGUUUUUCAGCAGAGCCUCACUGAGGAGAUGAAACACAUGAAACAUUUGAUCCCUUUCAUGUGUCGACUGUUGAACAAGAAGAGCCCAAGUUGGAUGAAGUGUCUGAUUCCAGUUGAGGAGCUCAACAAAACAUCUGACUGGUUCUUCAAGGAGCUCAUAACCACAUUAGUCCCAGAUGUGGUUGACACUGAAGACAGUGGGCUUGAUGUCGACACGUUGUUCUUAUGCCAGUGCUUGUAUGAGUCCCAGAGUCCAGAGGCAUGCAUCUACCUUCUAGAGAAACUGGACUACCGUCUUGACCUCUGUGGAGAGAGUCUUGAUCCUUACCCCUGCUGUGCUGUGGCCUAUGUGGUCAGUCAGUCUAAGGAACGGAAAAUAUGGUUGAACCUUGAUGAUGUCACGAUAUCAGAGAAAGGAAUGAGACAACUGUUUGGAUGCCUUCAAAAUGUCAAAUGGUAUGAGUGUGACCUUUUGCCACAGCAGCUGUGGAAGAUUUUCCUUCUCAGUGAAGAACAGAUGGACUUUGGAAGCUUACUUGGCCUUGUUGAAAAUCAGCUGCACCUUCCAGUGGAGGGUAAAAAACAGCUGUUUGAAAGAGCUGUGGAAGUCAUGAAGAGGAUGACAACAAAGGUCAAUAUCUGCCUCUACUGGGACAGAGAAACUCCUGUCUGCCAGAGUCUCUGUGAGUCCCUAAUAGAGGCUUUGCCAUACAUCAGCUCACUCAGGUAUGUAGCUUUAGUCUAAUAGAGAUUUCAUGUUUUAACCCAUCUGUCAAUGUUGGAAUGUAAGUCCUUCUGUCUAGAGUUGUCCUCACACCAAUCAUGUCACAACAAUGGUGCUUUUAAUAAGUUGACUUAAUCAUGUGGUUUCAAGUAGGGAUGCAACAAUCCACAUUUUUUCACUUCGAAUCCAAUUCCGACACCUGAAUUUGAAAAUCUGCCAAUACUGCUACUAUUCCGAUACCAGAGCUCUGCUUGCUUUGAUAUUAUUAUAAUUAUAGUUGAUUUUAUAUGAGACUGUAAUAAACUCCUCUCUACAAGUAAGUUUGAUAUUGAUUUGUGAAUGCUACAAGAGCCAGUAGACUUAAUUUGUGCUGAUCAG